UGAUCCACCAACCUGGUCGUCCAGCGUAGUUUUAACCCACCACCACCCUUUAACACAGUUGUUAGCAACGGUUUGGCAAAGGGCUGUAACUACGGACGGCUUCCUCUCUGCCUUCGUCCACUUCACGGCGAAACAUUGAAGGCAAUCUCAGGUCAGGAGAUUUUGUCAAAUUUAAUCGACUCGAACGAUUAUUCUCAGCUAUGUGUGUUACCAUACAUACAGAAAAUUAGUAGGUCAAUAAAUUAAGCUAAAAAGAAUAAAAAUGGAUAUUGAAAGACCUGUUACUCGGUGGAGGCGAGAUGGAAGACCUCCCAGUACUAGAUCAUCCAAUGAAGAUUUAGUAGAAAGACCCAAAUCGAGAAGAGGAGCUUUUUAUAGUGGAUCACCAACUGAGAAAGCAAGAUCAACCGUUCGACCUCCUUCGGCAGUCCGAGCAUAUCCCUCAUAUUCCUCAACGCCUUCAGGUAGGCCGUCAGGGAUGAUGACAGCUGAGAAAAUUCCUAUAAAUAUACAGCGGGAGAGGCUGGUUUCACAGCAAGGAUUGAAUGUCAUGAGAACCGCAACAAGCCGAGGUCAAAGGACAAGACUGAUCCAGGAUAAAAGAUACUUUCAAGGUGCUUUACAACUAAAAAUAGGACAGCUUUCGACUGAAUUGUCAAACAUACAAAAAGACAUGGAAAAAAGCACGAGAGACCAGGCGUCAAUAGCUGUUUAUGACAGAAAAGUGAAACAAAUGGCCACUGAACUUACAGAUUUACAAGGGGCACUUGCUGAUCACAACAUGGCUUUAGACAAAAUCAACGUUGGCAGUGACACGCACAAAAUUCUUUUGGAGGCCAGGGAACAAGCUGCUACUAACGAUGCAGACGUCGUGUCGUUAGAGACACUUUUUGCAGAUCGAAUGCGUCGUCAAGAAGCUAUUAAAGACCUGGAAGACCAAAUUGAAAAGGAAAAAUUCAAGGCUGAACAACUUGAAUCUGAAAUGAACAGCUCACAAAGGGAUCAGUUCAAUUCUUUAAAAAAACAAAAAAAUGAAAUACUCGUCAAAGCGGAGAAGCUGCAGAGUGAGAUUAACUCUCUUAACAAGACAAAGACCAAUAUUGCAGAUCAAGUUUUCAUAUCUCCAGCUAAAUCAGAAUUAGUGCAACUGGAGUUGAAGUUAUGGGAGCUAGAAAACAAAAAGGAACAUCUUGUACACGAAAUGAAAACGAGCCUUUCGCCAGAAGAACAAAGAAGGGAAUUGCUCAACAAAGUCAAACAAGAUAAUGCACAAACGACAACCAUGCGUAAAGCGAUAAGUGACAUGAAAGACCAAAUUAGAGAAGCAGAAUUAAGUUUGUCACAAACCACUCAGAACAUUGAUGAUGGGAAGAGUUCGACAAGGUAUGCUAAAUUUAUCGAACUGAAAGAUAAGGAGAAGGCAAUUGAAGAUUUCCUGGCGACAGUUGAGUCUUUAAAACUUGAUGAGUCGAAUAAGCUGAAGAAUUUAGGAAAUGAAAUCGUUCCUCUGUUGAAAAAAAUUGCAGAAAAAAUUGCCGUUGUUCCAACAGCUGCAGAUUACAAAUCGCUUCAAAUUAACAACACGGUAUCAUCCGAAAUGCUAAAUACAGUCAAAUCCAUUGGAACAGAACACUCCAAUGUAACACGAUAUUUAAAUAAGGUUGAGGUUAUGGUAAAGAAUAUCGGAUCAGAGUUGAAAUCUUUAAAUAAUAAAAUAAAUACAAUGAAAUCAGACAUAGAAGUCUAUUCAAACAUCCUAGAAUUGGAAAAUGAAAUCGACAUAAAAAGAAUAUCACUGACAAAGGAGAAGGCAAAAUUGGAGAUAGAAAGACCAAAAACUAAAACAAAAAAGAAAGAAACUGUGGAAGAAUUCAAUGAAAUUCAGAAAAAGUUGGUCGAAAAUGAAGGACAUGCGCAGAUUUCUUAUAUCGAAAAAAAACUUGCUACCACAGAACAAAGCAACUACAGUAUCAAGGAUUAUCUUGAGGAUAUAAAAAGUGAAGAGGAUGUUGAAAUCUACAGAUCCAAAGCACUUGAUAUUGUCCAACAGCUUAACAAAUAUAACAGGGGCAAACUUGUUUCAUAGUUUGAAUUCAUUAAAUAAUUAACUAAUGCUAUGUUUAAAGCAAGAAUUAUUGUUUUAAAAAUGUUAGUAUGGUUGAUUGCAUUCUAUUUAUUAUUGUGAUAGGCAAUAAAAGCUCUUUACAAUUC